AAAAACAGAAUAAAAUGAAUUUAGAAUUAAAAUUUGCAAGCAAUUUUAAAAGUGAAAUGAAUUAUUUUACUAUUUAAAAAAUGGAAUUGCAGACAAAUGAUAAUUAUUCAGAAAAGAAAAAAUCUAAUUUAGACAAAUUCAACAUUUACAAGGAAAAACAAGAAUUGAAAGUUGGAACAGUAAAUCAAAAGAAAGACUUUACUAUAUUUUAUCAGCACAAAAUAAAAGAGAUGGAGUUGUUGGUGAAGGAGAAAAUUGAAAACUUAACACGUCUUCGAGCAGAAAGAAAUCUAUUAAACGACAAAGUUCGAAUGAUUCGAGAGGAAUUAGAUUCGCUAAAGGGGAAUGGAUCACAUAUAGGCACCGUGAUUAAGAAAUUGGAUUCGAAUAAAGUACUCGUAAAGGUACAUCCUGAAGGAAAAUUCGUAGUCGAUAUCGAUAAGAACAUCGAUGUCAAUGACAUCAUUGUCAAUAAACGAGUCGCUCUUCAUCACGAUAGUUACAGUCUUUAUAAAGUUCUAAACACUUCAGUUGAUCCACUGGUGACAUUAAUGAUGGUAGAAAAAGUUCCAGAUUCUACAUACGAGGAGGUAGGAGGACUCAGCAAGCAAAUUCGUGAAAUAAAAGAAGUGAUUGAAUUACCAAUGAAACAUCCCGAAGUCUUCGACAUUCUUGGCAUCACACAACCGAAAGGUGUUCUUUUGUACGGUCCACCGGGCACGGGAAAAACUCUUUUGGCAAGAGCAGUAGCACAUCAUACAAAUUGCACGUUCAUUCGCGUAUCGGGAUCGGAACUCGUGCAGAAAUUUAUUGGAGAAGGAACCAGAAUGAUAAAAGAAUUGUUCAUUAUGGCUAGAGAACGUGCUCCAUCCAUCAUAUUUAUAGACGAAAUUGAUUCAAUUGGAACUAAGAGAAGCGAGGACGCGCACGGAGAUAGCGAAGUUGAUAGAACCAUGCUCGAAUUGCUUAAUCAAUUGGACGGAUUUGAGUCUUCUAUUAACGUAAAGGUUAUAAUGGCUACCAACAGAAUAGAUAUUCUCGAUUCAGCAUUACUAAGACCAGGAAGGAUUGAUCGGAAAAUAUACUUUCCUUCGCCAGAUGAAUCUGCUCGUUUAGACAUCUUGGGUAUACAUUCUAAAAAAAUGAACUUAAAAAGAGGUAUUAAUAUGCACAAAAUAGCGGAAAUGAUCCCGGGUGCUAAUGGUGCUGAACUGAAAUGUUUAUGCACAGAAGCUGGAAUGUGUGCACUCAGAGAAAGGAGAACUCACGUCACGCAAGAAGAUUUUGAAAUGGCUGUUUCGAAAGUCUCAAGCGAGCAGAAACUACGUGACGUAUCCUUCCAACAGAUAUUGAACAUGUCUGUUCCUUUAGAAGAUCAAACAAUAUGGAAUGAUGGAGAAGAUUCUAUGGGGGAAGAAGUACUUCGUAUGUCUACGGAUGAAAUUAUAAGUCGCACUCGAUUAUUAGAUAAUGAAAUAAAAAUUAUGAAAAGUGAAGUCAUGAGAAUAACUCAUGAACUUCAAGCUCAAAAGGAAAAAAUUCGGGAAAACAAUGAAAAAAUUAAGGUUAAUAAAACUUUGCCCUAUCUUGUAUCAAAUGUAAUAGAGCUUCUAGAUGUUGAUCCACAAGAACUUGCAGAAGAAGAUGGAGCAAAUGUAGAUCUUGAUAGUCAGCGUAAAGGAAAAUGUGCUGUAAUCAAAACAUCAACCAGACAGACCUAUUUUUUACCUGUCAUUGGAUUGGUUGAUGCUGAGAAAUUAAAACCAGGAGAUCUAGUAGGAGUAAACAAAGAUUCUUACCUUAUUUUAGAAACCUUGCCUCAAGAAUAUGAUUCCCGCGUAAAAGCAAUGGAAGUGGAUGAACGUCCUACAGAACAGUACAGUGAUAUUGGUGGUUUAGAUAAACAAAUUCAAGAAUUAAUUGAAGCUGUUGUAUUACCAAUGACACACAAAGAGAAAUUUGAGAAUUUAGGAAUUCAGCCUCCAAAAGGUGUACUUUUGUAUGGACCACCUGGUACUGGAAAAACAUUAAUGGCAAGGGCAUGUGCAGCACAAACUAAGUCUACAUUUUUAAAAUUAGCUGGACCACAACUUGUCCAGAUGUUUAUUGGUGAUGGUGCUAAAUUAGUAAGAGAUGCAUUUGCUUUAGCAAAAGAGAAAGCUCCUGCAAUUAUUUUUAUUGAUGAAUUAGAUGCUAUUGGUACAAAAAGAUUUGACAGUGAAAAAGCUGGAGACAGAGAAGUUCAAAGAACCAUGUUAGAACUUUUAAACCAGUUAGAUGGCUUCAGCUCUCAAACAGAUAUUAAAGUCAUUGCAGCAACUAAUAGAGUUGACAUCCUUGACCCUGCUCUGUUACGUUCAGGAAGACUGGAUCGUAAAAUUGAAUUUCCCCAUCCAAAUGAAGAAGCUAGAGCUCGCAUCAUGCAAAUUCACUCUCGUAAAAUGAAUAUUGAUCCCGAUGUUAAUUUUGAGGAGUUGGCAAGAUGCACAGAUGAUUUUAAUGGCGCACAAUGCAAGGCAGUAUGUGUAGAGGCAGGAAUGAUUGCUUUGAGAAGAGAAGCAACGGUUGUCACUCAUGAAGAUUUCAUGGAUGCUAUUCUUGAAGUUCAGGCAAAAAAGAAAGCAAAUUUGAAUUAUUAUGCUUAAAGUUUGUGUUUAUGUAAUAAAAAUAAAAAUUUUCAAAAUUUAUAA